AUGAUCCUGCCAAAAAUACACGAAACGACCAAGAAGAAGGGCAUCUUUGUGGUCGCCAAAACCUGCACUGCCAAACAGCGCGCCGUAGCUCUGUUGAGAUCCAAGGAAACAUCGGUUUCGUUCGGACUGGAUGUCGGCCUGGCUGCUAUUGGCAAGAUUGCACCAGAGAUCGGCUGGUGGACAAGCCAGAAGGAAGUAUGGAUGCUGCACCAGAACAUAAGUCGUCAGGCACCACCAUCAACGGUCCAUCCUCCAGCUUCUUCCAACUCCGAGAACUUCGGGAUGAUGGUGCUAUUGUAUUCAUGA